UACACAUACGAAUCCAUAUUUGCAAUAUGCAAGAGGAGAAGAAGAAGAUGAAGUUGAAGAAAGGGUGGGUGGCGGUGGAAGUGGGAUUGGCAGAUGAUAAUGAAUUUCAAAGAUUUGUAAUCCCAAUUUCAUAUUUAUACCAUCCUCUAUUUCAAAGGCUUCUUGAUGAAGCUCGAGAGGUAUAUGGCUACCACACAACGGGCCCUCUUAGACUGCCAUGUUCAGUCGAUGAUUUUCUUGAUAUUCAGUGUCGGAUUGAGAGAGAAACCACUAGUCACAGUUACGGCCGUCGCCGCCAUCAUCACCAGCUCUCCAUGUCUUUAUCGUUUAACUCGUGUUAAAGUUGUGCUAUGG